UCAGUGGCCACAUGCAGUGGUUGGUAACUGAAAAACUUCACGCCUAUCUAUCUAAACUGGGACGUGAAGUUCUCCCAACUAUAUAUAUCGUGCGUAAACAUAACGGAUCUGGACAUAGAAAACGACAUUUCCAUUACGGCCGCGGGAGCGACAGGGUGGGGCUUGUCUUUUAAAAAAAAAAAUUUUUUUUUACAUCGAAGCAACAAUUUGUCCUCGAUAACUCUGCUGCAGCAGGUGGUCACCGUGUGGCAGUGGACAAACUGUGUGAAUGAAUAUGGAAAUAUGAAGUUGUUCGAUGACAACGCGUAGACUGGUAUGAACUGAAGGCUUAUUGUCUUACGUGAAAGGUGUGAAAAAUGUUGGGUGCGUGCUUCUAGAGAUCAGGUCGUUUUUUUGUACGAAUACUUUAGUUCAACACGAUAGAGUGAGACUCAAAAUCAUUGCUGUCUUCAGAAACUUUUAUUACAUUUUGCGGUGAAACUAUGGCUUUUGCUAAAUUAAGCCAAAUACUUCGCUUGUCUUCUUUUGACAUAAAAAAGAAGGCAAAGCAAUAUGAACACGUUCAUCGAGACAUCAAUCCUAAUGACCAAUGGGAAAUUAUCGGAGAAUUGGGUGAUGGAGCGUUUGGAAAAGUUUACAAGGCCAAAAACAAGGAGACUGGAGCGCUGGCUGCGGCCAAGGUGAUUGAGACAAAGACUGAAGAGGAGCUGGAGGACUACAUGGUGGAGAUAGACAUCCUGGCCAAGUGUGACCACCGCUACAUUGUCAAGCUGCUAGAUGCCUUCUACCACGACGCCAAGCUCUGGAUCAUGAUUGAGUUUUGCCCCGGAGGAGCCGUGGACGCAACGAUGUUAGAGCUGGACCGGGGCCUGAUAGAGCCCCAGAUACAGGUAAUCUGUAAACAGAUGCUGGAGGCCCUGGUCUACCUGCACAGCAUCAAGAUCAUCCACAGAGACUUGAAGGCCGGGAACAUCCUCCUUACACUGGAGGGAGACAUCAAGCUAGCGGAUUUUGGCGUGUCAGCGCAAAAUACCAAAACUCUGCAAAGAAGGGACUCUUUUAUAGGAACACCAUACUGGAUGGCUCCUGAGGUGGUGAUGUGUGAGACCAUGAAGGACGCUCCGUAUGACUACAAGGCUGACAUCUGGUCACUGGGCAUCACCCUGAUCGAGCUGGCCCAGAUCGAGCCCCCACAUCAUGAACUCAACCCCAUGAGGGUCCUGCUGAAGAUAGCCAAGUCUGAGCCCCCUACCCUGGAGCAACCCAGCAAGUGGUCACGGGAGUUUAAGGAUUUCCUGAAAAAGUCGUUGGAUAAGAAUCCAGAGAGUCGUCCAGACGCCGCACAGCUCUUGGAGCACCCCUUUGUCUGCUCGGUGAAGACUAACAGACCCCUGCAAGAGCUGGUUGCCGAGGCGAAGGCUGAAGUCAUGGAGGAAAUUGAGGACAAUAGAGAGGAAGGAGAGGAGGAUGACACCGCUGAGCUCACAGUCCCAGUGUCUCCAGACAAGGACCCGUCUCAGACUAGUCUAGAAGGGGACCAACCCACAGACACACCCUCCAAAACCCCUGUGGUGGACGAGGCCAAACCCCCCCUAAGACCGCCCCACAAGGUCGAUGACCAGCUGAUGGACCGACAACUCCCCGAUGAUGGCAUCAGCAUCGUGGACUCGGACAAGCCCGAGAGCGAGACCUCCGGUAAGACCGCCUCUGACUCGGGCAUCGAGGAUGGGAAGAGCACCCCCACUUCGGACGAGGGCAAGCCCGUGGACACCCCCGAGACCGAGAACCCACCCCUGCUGGCACAGCCUAAGGUGGUAGAGGUACCAGAGAUACCCCAAAGCCAGGAGGAGGGCAGCACCCUUACCCCAGACCCCACACCUCUGACCGGGAUGAAUGGCAACAUGAGGAGUGGGCCUCCGGAGAGGGCCUCUAUAGGGGCUAACAUGGACAACCUGAUGCCCCACCACAAUGCCAAUGGCAGAAUUUCCAAGCGGUACUCUGACACGGGAAGCAUGUCUGCCUCUGAGAGCAUGGACAUCAGCCUCAACCUGUCAGGAGACAUGUCAGUCAACAAGGAUGAUGGGACCCUCUCCUCCAGGGUGGACUCUCGCUUCUCCAAUAAGACAUUGAAGCGCACCAGGAAAUUUGUCAUCGAUGGCGUGCAGGUCAGUGUGACCACAUCCAAGAUCAUCAGCGACGAUGAGAAGAAAGAUGAAGAGAUGAGGUUUCUCAGGCGUCAGGAGCUGCGGGACCUGCGUCUGCUGCAGAAGGAGGAGCACCGUGCUCAGGCCUUACUCAACACCAAGCUGGACGCUCAAAGAGAGCAAAUGCAGCGACGCUUCGACCAGGAGAUGAACGCGAAGAAGAAGUACUACGACACGGAGCUGGAGACUCUGGAGAAGCACCAGAAGCAGACCAUUGAGAAGAUGGAGACGGACCACACUGUGAGGCUCAGGGACGAGACCAAACACAUCCGUGCCGAACAGGAACGCGACUACACCAAGUUCCAGGAGCAGAUGAAGCACAAGAAGAAGGAGGUGAAGAAUGAGGUUGAGAAGCUCCCCAGAAAGACCCGGAAAGAUGCCAUGAAGCAGAGAAUGAACAGCUUUACACAAAUGAAGCAAACAGAGGAGCAGAACUUCCUGUCGGACCAGAAGGACCACCUGGACACAACGCUGAAGAGCAUAAUCUCAGAGAACAAGAGGGAUAUCUCCGAGACUGAGAGGCAGUGUCUCGACAAGAAACAACACCUCGUCAGAGAAAGGGAAGCCACUAUCUGGGACCUAGAGGAGAAGAACCUUCAUGAGAAGCACCAGUUGCUGAAACAGCAGCUCAAAGACCAGUAUUUCCUCCAACGCCACCAGCUGCUCAAGAAGCAUGAGAAGGAACAAGAGCAGAUGCAGUGCUAUAACCAGCGGAUGAUUGAGGUGCUGAAGGCCCGGCAGCAGCAGGAGAAGGGUCGCAUGCCCAAGAUCCAGCGCAGUGAGGGCAAGACCCGCAUGGUCAUGUUCAAGAAGAGCCUCCGCAUCAACUCCACGGGCAGCGCCUCGGAGGACCGCGAGAAGAUCAAACAGUUUGCCCAGCAGGAGGAGAAGCGUCAGAAGGCUGAGCGGCAGCACCAGCAGCAGAAGCAUGAGAGCCAGAUGAGGGACAUGAUUGGCCAGUGUGAAGGCAAUGUCAGGGAGCUGCAGCAGCUACAGAAUGAGAAGUGCCACCUGCUGAUUGAGAACGAGACUCAGAGGCUCAAGUCUCUGGAUGAGCAGCACAACCACCAGCUCAAUGAGUGGAGGGAGCAGCUCAAGCCCAGGAAAAUGGCUCUGGAGGAAGAGCUGAACCAGAGAAAGAAGGACCAGGAGGACUUCUUUAAGAUGAGUGAGGACUCUGAGUGCCUCAGCCCCAGCUCCCCAAACAAACUCACCAAGUUCCUCCCUUACUCUGAGUCCUCUACCACGUAGACUGGCAUCUCUUCCCCUCUAAACACCCUCCUAUCUCCCUGUCAGGACCAACCCUAACCUCUUAUCCCACAUCAUAACCCGAAAGACCACCACCACUGCCAGAUGCCUCAGCCUCACCAGAAACGCUUGACUAGAUAGUCCUCCUCCUGAACUUUUCUUUCAUUUUUAAGAUAUUUAUGUUUUAAGUCAUGUUUAUAACAUUUUAUCAUUUGAUUAACCCAAGAUGUCAAGGCUUGGUCAUAUUUUAUUUUGAAGAUAGGCUAAAUCCACGUGUGUCAGGCUGCUUGAUAGGAUCUUAUUCAUCCAUGCAGUGUUUCCUUUUUAAUAGUCUACAGAUCCCCAUUGGUUUACGAUGUGACCAGUAAGCAUGAGGCUAAGCUGUAGUUAGUCAGGAGCGUGUGGUGAGGCAUCCCAUAUCCCAAAGAGGGUCAGCCAAGGGAACAGUGUUUCAGGUGGAAUGUGGAAAAUAAACCAAAAUGUACUUCAGACAACGCUGUAUUGGUGGGAGCCAAUGAAUAAGCAUUUUUGUUUCACUGCAAUAUUUGUUUUAAUUCAAAACAGUCUCUUGCAUAAUGAACACACUGAAAUAUGACCAUUCAAUCUCUCUUACGUUGCCAUUGUGUGGCUUGGCUCAACAGCCUUUUAGUUCAAAGCAGAUGAGUAGCCUUUUGAGUAGUGUAAUUUGGUUUAAAAAAUAUAUAUAUUUUAACAUUCUGUCAUAAAGAGCAAAUGUUCAACUUAAUUUUUUUUUAAGUCAAGAGGUUAAAUACAAAAAUAACUGAAGUUCCUAGUGCCAAAUAAAGUAGCAGAGUUGAUGACUUCAUCUUAAAUCAGCCAUAAAUCCCCUUGUGACAGGGCAAAUGGAAGCUUGUUGUGUGCAACAGAGAGGGGCCAUUGAAUGCAAGCUUUACCCCAAAAAUGUUAUUGUUAGAAAAUGUCUAGCCUGUCUGUCUAUGGGUAGCAGGGGUGUUAUGCUCGACCUGCUCAGUUUUCCACCACAAAACACCGGCAAAUGGCCAAAAAGAGUAGAACCAUCUCACCUGCUUUUGACACUAUGAUUUGAAUAUUAGAUUUUAAAUGUCUCUUGAAAUGAUUGUAUUUUUUUAUUUUUAUGACUAGUUUCACCAUAUUAUAAUGAGAGUUCAGUUCACGUAACAGGGUAUGACAUUAAAAUGAGGGACGUUAUUUUUUUUUUACCAAUGAAUCACUAAAAACAUUAACUAAAUUAUUUUCAGAAAUGACUGUCAAAGCAACACAAACUAGGGCUUUACAAUGAUGGUGAAAACCUGGAGAGGUUUUGGGGUUAAAAUAUUCCUAGAAGUCAGAUGCACAGAGGGACACUUUAGCAAGUCUUUAUUCAUGUUAAAAAUCAGAUUUAUUGAAUGUUACAUGUGGUCUAUAUUGAAGGACACUUGCACAAUUUGUACUUGAAAUAUCAAAGGGACGCAAAAGGGACUCAUUUCAUGGAACAACCCAGAUGUAUUUACUUGCCAAAUUAUUAUUAUUAUAUAUUUUUUACAUUUGUUCAUAUUACUUUUAAAAGAGCAGAGCAUGAUCUUCAGAAUUCUGAGGACACAUAGUGAAUGAAUGGAAUUCCUGCUGAAAUCAUUCAAUGCUGUACAUAUUAACCUAAAAAUGCUGAAGUCUUCACUGUCAGAUUGUGUGGAUUGACAGAUCUGCUUAGUUCGUUUUUACCUUUUUUAUUUGGAUGAGGUGACGGGAGAAGUCAGGGAAAAGUUAUCAUUUUUAAUUAAAAGGUUGAAGAACAAAUGAUUGUUUUUGGAGUUCUAGGAAAAACUGGUUGUGACUCAUUUAAAGUUGACAUGUUUAUUUCUUACUGUAAAGGCGAUUUUUACUGUAAAGGUGAUACUAGUACACUGGAUGGGAACUAACGAAGCCAAAUCGGAAUACUGUCGUCAUUGAAGGAAUCUUAAGAGGUAGAAGAUUUGAAUUGAAUUAAAUGUGUAUUAUUAGGGUUAUUGAUUGUGUUUCGAUGUUUAUAUUAAAUGCACUGUCAGCUUUAAACUGAUAUUUUUGCUCCAUCAAAUGUACCUUUCUUUGCACUGAGAAGGGUAUACUAGGUUCUUUGAGGGGGUGCAUCAGUUUUUUCCCCCCCCCAUCAUUCUGUUUUGUAAUUGUUAUUUUGAAAAACCUUUUGCAGUUGAUAUGCAUGUCUGCUUUUGAAAAUGGGCCUUGUUUUCGGACCAACUAGACCUGUUUAACGUCCAGUAAUCAGGUCAACUAUCAGGUACAUCUGCUCUCUCGCUCACCAACAAUGUUUCUCUCUUUUGAUGACUGCAUCUUUCCCUCUGUUUAGCUGUAUUUGUAAGGGGUGUGAGUGACUGUUCAACAGAAGAAACCACUGUUGUACAUAAGUCUAAUAAAGGCAAAUGUUCUGUCUA